AACAGACCUGAAGAAUUUUGACAUCACAUCAGGCAGAACACAUUUCCAGCGGUGACACAGAAAGAAGUGCGAUAAAGUGGAUAGACGAGAAAAAUAUCUUCACGGUGAAAAUCAACGACCAAGAACCGUGCUGGUCACGAACUAUUCGAUUUUUUUUUCGUGAAAAAGUCCGUUUAGAAGGUUUCCUGCGAGAGUUUAGCUUUCGUGUUUUUUUUCUAACUUUUUCGCUGACUGCUGGAAAAGCAAAUAGCGGAACGAUUAUGCGGCAUACAACGUUGCGAAUGUUCCGGCCUUCGCCGUUUGCAAUGACGAUGGCAGUGGUGUUCGGUUGCCUUAUUCUGGUCGGUUUCAUUGCAGGCAAAUCACAAGUCAUCGAACUCGACGAGAGCAACUGGGACCGUAUGUUGAAGGAGGAGUGGCUGGUCGAAUUUUACGCUCCUUGGUGCCCGGCUUGCAAAAACCUUGCCCCCAUCUGGGAUGACUUGUCCACCUGGUCCGAUGAUUUGAGCAUCAAAAUCGCCAAAGUUGACGUCACGACCUCACCCGGUUUGAGUGGCCGCUUCUUCGUAACUGCACUGCCCACCAUUUUCCACGUCCUGAACGGUGAAUUCCGUCAGUACAAAGGACCCCGUGAUCUGAACUCACUGAUGACCUUCGUGGAGGAGAAAAAAUGGCAAAGCCUGGAACCCGUUUCCGCCUGGAGCAAACCGAACUCGAUUCAAAUGUCGCUGGUUUCCCAGUUCUUCAAAUUGUCUCACUAUCUGAAAGUAAGUAAAGCUUAUUUGAAGGAACUCAAUGUUAUGCUGUCCAAAGAGUACGGUCUGCCAGUUUGGGGAACGUACGUUCUGUUCGCCAUCGGUACCAUCUUGCUCGGUGCCAUUCUGGGGCUCAUCCUGGUUUGCGUAAUCGAUUAUAUGUUCCCACCUAAAUCUGCCCAACGCAAAAGUUUCUCCGAGUACAAGAAGAGCUUGAAGAACGAAAAUGUACCAGAGGAGCUCAAAGGUGACGAACUGGAGGAUGAGGAUGAGCAAGCCGAUGCUAAGGACGACGUGGAGGAAUUGGGCGAGGAAGAAGCUUCUUCAGAUGGCGAAAAAUAUUCCGGUUCGGAUUCGGAGGAGGAAACACCAGAGAGCGAUCGUAAAAAUGAAGAAUCGGCACCAGCUAGUCCGAAGAAAGACAAAAAGGACGAACAAGUCGGUAGCCCAGAUGUACGAAAACGCAAGUCCCGGAAAGCGGAUUAGACACGCCACUGGGGAGGCCUAUUCUCUAUCUGGUAAGGAAUAUUAUUUCUCGUUUAGUUCGAGUGGUGGAUUGAUGUGGGGAAUCGAAAUGUCUGUUUUGUUUGCUGUGAAGCUGAGUCGAGAAUAAACGCCCGAGCCAUGAAAAGACUUAUUACGGGAGGAAGAAAGGAGGGAACCACUUGAGGUACGAGCGAAUGUGAAUUAAUUACUGAGGUUCAUCGUUUUGCACAUUAAUAAUAUUCACAGAACUGUAUUUUGGCGAGUCGCUAACCAAAUGAAUAAGCAAGCAUUUACAUAGAUUGUAAUCAUAUAUACAUAAUUACACAAAACAUUUUUGCUUCCCUUUUUUCAUGUUAUAUACUAUUUUUCCUCUACACUGUUUUUUUUGCUUGCCGAAACAGGCACUAAGUUCGGUAUGCUAAUCAUACCGGAUGUUAAUAUUCUUUUUUCUUUCACUACAAGUUAUUCAUGAGAUUCUCCAGUGAACGAAUUUCGCUUUUCAGUUUAUCGAAGACCAUAAAAGGUUUUAAAACAAAUGAUGAAACACUAGAAUUUUGUCGAUUGAGUAGCGUACACUAUUAGUACUUCAAAUGAAGAAAAAAAAAAGAUCUUUAGGAUAAAUGUAAAAUAAAUGCAUUCACAGAGUAUCCAUAUUGCGAAGUAAGUUCGAAAUAAACACAUUUUUGAAAAAUGCGA